AUACAGCUACAGUAUAUGGGGUUUGUUGUUUAUAAUGCUGAGGGAGUGAGGUGAUGUGAUAAAAAAACCCAAAAUGGGUGUUCUUCAAACAUGCAUGAGAAUCGUUGGUUGGAUUCCUGUAAUUUUCAUUUCUGCUGUAAUAGCAUGGUCUUACUAUGCCUACGUGGUUGAGUUGUGUAUAUUUACUCUUGCCAAGGCAGACCAGAAGUAUGCUCAAAUGGUAUUCUACCUGUUGUUCUACCAUGUAUUCUUGGCAAUGUUUUGUUGGGCCUACUGGCAAACAGUCUUCACACCACUAAGAGUUAUACCCGAGAGAUUCUUCCUGAGUAGCUCAGAAUUACAUCGUUUUGAGAGUGAGGACAGGACAGAGCAUCAAGUUGAGAUUCUUCGUGAAAUAUCUCGAGAAAAAAGAUUACCAGUUCACACAAGGACAUAUGGAGGAGGCAUAAGAUUCUGCAAUAAUUGCAAAGCAAUUAAACCUGAUAGAUGUCACCAUUGCUCUGUAUGUAACAAAUGCAUAUUGAAGAUGGAUCACCAUUGUCCAUGGGUGAAUAACUGUGUAGGUUACGCUAACUACAAAUUCUUUGUACUCUUCCUACUCUACUCUGUACUUUAUUGUAUGUAUGUCGCCCUCACGGUUCUACCUUACUUCAUCCAGUUCUGGUCGGGAGGCCUGUCAAACGAGAGUGGACGAUUUCAUAUCCUCUUCCUGUUCUUUGCGGCGGUCAUGUUUGGUAUAAGCACCUCCGUUCUCUGCUGUAUGCACACCCAUCUCAGUCUCACCAACAGGAGCACCCUGGAAUCUUUCCGUGCUCCUGUGUUCCGUCAUGGCCCAGACAAGGAUGGAUUUAGCCAUGGUAAUUGCUGUGAUAACUUCAGAGAAGUCUUUGGGGAUGAGAAAUUGUACUGGAUUCUGCCUAUAUUCACAAGCAAGGGUGAUGGUGUAGUGUAUCCAGUCCAGUGUAAAGAUGAUGAUUCUGAUAGACUCCUUGAUGAUGGUGUUGAGAGUGAUGUCCUCAGUGGAAUGGAAGAAGAUGGAGCACAGGGUGAUGCAGCAGGCAAUGGUGAUCUACAUGGCAGCAUCAGUGCUGGAGCUAACUAUAACACCAUGAAUUCCAACAAUCACCAGGUCUCUAUACAGAUGGAAGGAAGGAAUGGUGAUGCAGGUAUGCCAUGAAUCAAAGGGGUCCUGGUAAUGUUAACUUUGGAGCAGACAUUGAAUCAGGAAAGUAAAGCAUGACAGAAUGGCCUUACCAUCAUCGUCAUGGCAACGUGAACAAAUCAAAACCAUUGUUUGACUCAACAGGGUGCAAUCUCAGACCAAUACUUCAUUUUGUUUCUUUUUGAUCAAAUGUAAUAAUACCCGUAGAAUCAGCAAAUUAGAUUAUAUAUUGUUGAAAUACACAGAUUUUACUUGAAGGACAAGUCCACUCCAACAAAAAGUUGAUUUGAAUUAAAAACAGAAAAAUCCAACAAGCAUAACAGUGAAAA